UGAACUUGCAAGCUUCCGGUUACUCGUCCAACGCUCUAACCACUAGGCUACCCUGCCGCCCCAACUCAAUACAAUACAAUGAGGGUUGGGUUCAGUUACAAUAACUUACAUGUAUAAUUAAGUAUAAAAGUAAUUCUAAGCUAGUUAAAGUUGGCACCAAACAGUAUUUAAAUCAUGUUAUUGUACAAUAUGCAGUAAGCUAUUGAUUGGGGACCAUACUUAGGCAGCCCUUUUCCCUCCACGCCUAACAUCCUCAGAUAGCAGCCAGCUAUCUGUCUCUCUCAUUGUCUGGUUUCAUGGGUCUCAUAGGAACUCUCCAUAUCUAAAUUCAAAAGGAUAUUGAACCCAUUGAAUCGAUAUCUACAGUAAUGUGUCAAACUGGAAGUUAUGCAGUACCACACUACUAACUCGGUGCUACAAAAUAUAUACUACAUUAUAUUGGGAGAGGUAUGUACUACAGAAUAUACAAUUCAUUAUAUUGGGAGAGGUAUGUACUACAGAAUAUAUACUACAUUAUAUUGGGAGAGGUAUGUACUACAGAAUAUAUACUACAUUAUAUUGGGAGAGGUAUGUACUACAGAAUAUACAAUUAAUUAUAUUGGGAGAGGUAUGUACUACAGAAUAUAUACUACAUUAUAUUGGGAGAGGUAUGUACUACAGAAUAUACACUACAUUAUAUUGGGAGAGGUAUGUACUACAGAAUAUAUACUACAUUAUAUUGGGAGAGGUAUGUACUACAGAAUAUAUACUACAUUAUAUUGGGAGAGGUAUGUACUACAGAAUAUACAAUUCAUUAUAUUGGGAGAGGUAUGUACUACAGAAUAUAUACUACAUUAUAUUGGGAGAGGUAUGUACUACAGAAUAUACACUACAUUAUAUUGGGAAAGGUAUGUACUACAGAAUAUACAAUUCAUUAUAUUGGGAGAGGUAUGUACUACAGAAUAUAUACUACAUUAUAUUGGGAGAGGAAUGUACUACAGAAUAUACACUACAUUAUAUUGGGAGAGAUAUGUACUACAGAAUAUAUACUACAUUAUAUUGGUAGAGGUAUGUACUACAGAAUAUAUACUACAUUAUAUUGGGAGAGGUAUGUACUACAGAAUAUACACUACAUUAUUUUGGGAGAGGUAUGUACUACAUAAUAUAUACUACAUUAUACUGGGAGAGGUAUGUACUACAGAAUAUACACUACAUUAUAUUGGGAGAGGUAUGUACUACAGAAUAUACACUACAUUAUAUUGGGAGAGGUAUGUACUACAGAAUAUAUACUACAUUAUACUGGGAGAGGUAUGUACUACAGAAUAUACACUACAUUAUAUUGGGAGAGGUAUGUACUACAGAAUAUACACUACAUUAUAUUGGGAGAGGUAUGUACUACAGAAUAUAUACUACAUUAUAUUGGGAGAGGUAUGUAAUACAGAAUAUAUACUACAUUAUAUUGGGAGAGGUAUGUACUACAGAAUAUAUACUACAUUAUAUUGGGAGAGGUAUGUACUACAGAAUAUAUACUACAUUAUAUUGGGAGAGGUACACUACUGUUCAAAAGAUAUUCCAUAAAAAAUCAGCCGUUUCCAGUUA